UUCUUCUAAAGAGGUCAUAGUCCAACUCCCUUAAAUUAUUUUACUCUUUGGUCCUAGUACUUUCAAUUAGUUUUCAUCAACUUUUAACUCAUAGAUUCUAUUUUGAUAAAUAGGAUUUAUUGUUUUAGUUAACUUAUAAGUGACCAGUUAUAUACUAAUUACUCGAAAAAGCAAUAAUGGCUUCCCAAGUAGCUAAAACUUUUCUAAAAGUGCACUCCACAACCGCUAAGUUUGAUACUGCUAGGCGUGCCCUGAGUGUGGGGGCAGCUCUUCAGCAGAAGAAAACCCUCCCGGACCGCACAGGCAAGAACAUAGUCCUGGUCGAUGGAGUCCGCACCCCAUUCCUUGUGUCCUUCACGGACUAUCAGAGGAUGAUGCCGCAUGAGUUGGCUAGACAUGCUCUACUGGGUCUGCUGCAAAGGACAGGCAUCGACAAAGAGAUCAUAGACUACAUUGUCUAUGGCACAGUGAUCCAAGAGGUGAAGACUUCCAACAUCGGCCGCGAGGCUGCGCUGGCGGCAGGGUUCAGUGACCGCACGCCUGCGCAUACGGUCACCAUGGCCUGCAUCUCCUCCAACCAGGCUAUAACUACUGGUAUUGGCAUGAUCGCGGCCGGGGUUUACGACAUCAUAGUCGCGGGUGGCGUGGAAUUCAUGUCGGACGUGCCCAUCAGGCACUCGCGCAAGAUGCGGUCGCUGCUGUUGAAGCUCAACCGCGCCAAGACUCCUGCGCAGCGGCUCUCGCUCAUCGCUAGCAUUCGUCCGGACUUCUUUGCGCCUGAGCUCCCAGCCGUAGCAGAGUUCUCAAGCGGAGAGACCAUGGGCCACAGCGCCGACCGGCUGGCCGCCGCCUUCGGGGCCUCCAGGCAGGAACAGGACGACUACGCGCUGCGCUCCCACAAGCUGGCGGCCCAGGCUCAGCAGCAGGGUUACUUCACCGACCUCAUCCCCGUCAAGGUGGAUGGCAAAGAUGGUCUAGUGGACAAGGACAACGGCAUCCGCGUGUCCACCCCGGAGCAGCUCGCCAAGCUGAAGCCGGCCUUCGUCAAGCCCCACGGCACCAUCACCGCGGCCAACGCUUCCUUCUUGACGGACGGGGCAUCGGCCUGCCUGGUGAUGUCGGAGGCCAAGGCCAAGGAGCUGGGACUCAAGCCCAAGGCUUACCUCCGAGAUUUUACUUACGUUGCACAGGACCCGAUUGACCAGUUGCUGCUGGGACCAGCGUAUGGUAUCCCCAAGAUCCUGGACAAAGCGGGGCUCAAAGUCAGCGACGUCGACACCUGGGAGAUCCACGAGGCCUUCGCGGGUCAAAUCUUGAGCAACUUGAAGGCGAUGGACUCUGAUUGGUUUGCACAAACUUAUCUUGGCCGCAAGUCUAAGGUUGGUACUCCUGACCUCAAGAAAUGGAACGCGUGGGGCGGAUCUCUCUCCAUUGGACAUCCUUUCGCUGCCACCGGGGUCCGACUAGCCAUGCAUACGGCCCACCGCCUCGUGCGCGAGGACGGCCAGAUCGGGCUCAUCUCCGCGUGCGCCGCGGGCGGCCAGGGCGUGGCCAUGCUGCUGGAGAGGCACCCCGACGCUAAGGCCGACUAAUAUCUGUAUGUCUUGUACACCGUGGAUCGUAUACACGUACACUAGGAGAUUUUUGGGGGAAAAUGUAUCCUUAAGUAAGCCCAGCUGAGUAAUUGAUAAGAACGAAAAUACUCAUUUUCGUUCUUUAGUCAAGACCCUUUUGUUAUUUUUAACUGUCAUAGUAAACGUCCCAUCUGUUCAAUUUUAUUUAAUUAAAUUUAUUUUUAAUCUUUAUAUAAACUAUCACUAGAGAACUAAGAGUAAUUUUGUUAAGAGUAACAAAAACUAUACAAUUUAUUGUCAAAUAAAAGUUAUAGUAUGUGUAAAAAGCUAGCAUAAUACUAUUGAUUUGGGAUAAAUUUUAAAUGGGUACUUUUACUAUACAAACAACAAAUAAAGUGUAAUUAAUUAUAUAGGUCCAAUUUUGUUAGAUCAUAAGUUUAAUUAUUUUGUUAAAUUAUUUAUUUUCACGGCACUCUUUUCUCAGCACAAGAAAAUGUACAGUUUCACUGAAUUUUUAAAAUCAUAUUUUUAUCCGUGAAGUGUAAUCAUGUUAGCGUCAUUUAUUUAUAUCCUAUUUGUAGUGUGUCUAAAAUGUAUGUUUGUAAAGAUUUUGUAAAAUGAUUGUUAUUAAUAAAAUCUACUAUAUUUUA